GACAGCAGGAGGAACAGAAAGGCCCAAGGGAGGGAAGCCAAAAAGAGACGAGCCCAACAAAAGGAGAGAGGAGAGCGGCGGGAGGAGCGAACAGGCGGGCCAAGACAGGAGCGGCAGGGGGCGCCGGAGGGGAAGCGCGAAGGAAAAAGAGAGCGCCAGGAGCAAAGCGCCGGGCAGGAGGAAGCCGGCGAGAGACGGGGGAGGGGGAGAGAAGGCAGCGGGAGGAGGAAAGGCGGGGCGAGGAAGGCAGAAGCAGGGAAAGAGGACAGGGGGGAGCGACCAAGGAAGGAAGAACCCCGAAAGAAGCGAGAGCAAGGCCGAAGGGAAAAGGAAGCGAAGAGGGAGGGGCAGAAAGACCCGGAGGCCCACGACCGAGGCGGCCGCCCGGAGGAAGAGGGGCAGCGAAAAGAGCGGGCAGACGGGGCCCAAGCCCGAAAGGGGGGCGAGACAGAGGACCAGCAACGAAAAAGAAAGGGAAGAGCGAAAGGAGGGGGGGGCAAGAGCGGGCAGCCAGAAACGGGGCGGGGGGGAGGAAAGCCCCGAGAAGCGGGAGAAGGGCAGGGCCGGCGCCGGGGAGGGCCCAAAGAAAGGACGACGGGAAGCGGGGGGGGAGCAGAAAGAGGCCACGGACCGGGGAAAAAGGGGGCCGAAGCCGGGAGGGGCGGCGAAGACGGCGAAGAAAGGAGGCCAGCGAACGGACGCCCGCGGGAGGCAGGAAGAGCAACAGGGACGAAAGGCCCGGGCCAAGCCAAGGAACGGACGCCAAAGAGGCCGGACAAAGGAGGAGGCAGCCGGGAGGCGGCAGGGGGGAACCACGAAACGCGCGGGGCCACGGCGGGGGAGGGGGAACCAACCGGCGAGGAAGGAGAGGGCAGAAAAGAAGAGAAAAAGAGCGCCAGGAGAAAGAGCGGCAGGAGGGCGGAAACCGAGGGGAGACCACCACGGAGAAACACCAGAAGAAGCGAGAGGCACCGGGCCGAGAGCACCCCCGCGAGGAAAAGCGGCCACGGCCGGGGACCAAAAGGAGGAGCCCAAAGGGCAGGAGCAAGAGGGCGGACAGGGAAAGGGGCCGGGACCCACGACGCAAAAGGGCCGGGCCAAGCGACAGGAAACAGAGGGCCGGAAGGCCACAGAAAAAGGAGGCGAAGGGACCGAAGGGCGAAGCAAAAAGAGGCGGAGAAAGACGGGCCGCAGGAAGAGCAGCAGGACGCGCGAAGGCAGGGGCGGGAGCAAGACCAAACCAAAGACGACGAGGAGGGGGGCCGGAGCGAAGCCGGGGCGAAACCGGGGAAAGCGGAAGGCCAGAAGGCCGGGCAAAGCCGCCGAGCCAGGAGCCGACGGCAAGAAGGCGGGCGAAGAAGAAGGCCCAGGGGGGGCAAGGCCACCCAGAAGGGAAGGGGGGACGCCGACAGCACGCCCGGGGACAAGGCGCAAGGCGCGGGGGGGGAGGAGCAGGAGCAACGGGGAAGGGAGGAGGAGCCCAAACGAGGGAGGCAAGAAGGGCGGGCCAAGAACCACGGCCACGGAAGAGAAACAGGAAACGAAAAGCCCAGACAAAAGGAGCACCGAAGAAAAAAAGACCGGAGGCAGAGAAGGAAGAACCAGAAGACGGAAGGACCGGGAGGCCGGGGCCAGAAGAAAGCGCGCGGAGCCACCCAGGAAGAGGAAGAGAACGCGGCGCAAAGGGGCCGCCCGGGAGAGGAGGAGGACCCCGGGAGCGCGGAGACGGCCCCAAACAGCGGACGGCAGGGGCCAACGGAAAGGGAAGAGGACGACCGAAAGGGAAGGGGACAGCCAGAAGAGGCCGAAAAGACAGGAGCCCAGGCGGAGACGGGACAGGGACCCCCGCGGCCAGGGCCAGCACAAGGAAAACGAAAACCAAGAGGGGCGGGAGCCGGGAGCAAACGGGAACGACGAGCAAAGAGAACACCGGGCAAGAGGAGCAGACCGGCACAGGAAGCGGAAAGGCAGGAAGGGAGGGACCAAGAAAGCGGCGGGCCGAAGGGGAAGAGGCACCAAAGCGACGGGGCCACCCACGGCGACAAAAGCACCACCCCCCAAGGGAAACGGGGGGCGGGCGGGGGCACCAGGAGCGGGGGCACCGGGGGCGAAAGCAGGGGGGGGGGAGCCAGGGAGCAAAAAACGGGGGGAAGGGGAGAGCGGGAGCGGAAAACAGAGCGGGAGGACGCCCGAAAGCGCGCAGGGGAGCAGGAGGAAGAGACAAACCAAAACGGGGAAAGCCGAGAAAGAGACAGGCCCAGGGAGAGGGGAGAGGAGGGCAGCACGAGGGCGAAGGACACGAGCCAAGAGAGCGGGGGAGCGAGGAGGGGGAGCAGAGGCGCGGACCAGAAAAAGGGCGGCAGGCGCAGCAGCACCAACGAGAAGAAAGCCACCAAGCCACAGGGGAGGGGGAAGAAGGACAGGGGGGACCAGAGGCAGGAGCCAGAGAGGGAGAAGGGGGCAGGGAAGACAGAGGGGGAGCGACAAGAAGGGGGAAAGAGCCGAACAGGGCGAGGGGAAGAGAGAAGGGAGCAGGCCAGGACGGGGGAGGAGCGCAGAGAGGCCGGGAGGGCCCGGACCCGGAAAGGGACCCGGAGGAGCGGCGAAAAGGGCGGGAGGCCAGGACAAGGCCCCAGGGGGGCCGAGACAGGGACCCGCGAGCAGGAAAAGAAGGGCAAGAGCGAAAGGAGGGGGGCAAGAGCGGGCAGCCACAGACCCCAGGACGGGAGCGAAGCCCCACGAAACGGAAGAAAGGCGGCAGGGACCAAG